UAAGUGAGGAAGCAAGAGAGCGUCAAACUGUGAUUGCAUAGGGUGGUGGAUUAGGGGGAAAAUAUUUAAUGCGCGACAGCUUAGAGUGCGGCUCGUCUAGUCCACGUUUGUAACCUGUUUGCAUCAUGUCGAAGAAUACUGUGUCCGAUCGAUUCCGGAAAGUGGAUGUGGAUGAAUACGACGAGAACAAGUUUGUCGACGAGGAGGAUGGAGGAGAGAACCAGCUGGGUCCGGAUGAGGCAGAAGUGGAUUCUCUUAUCAGACAAGGGAACCUCAUGGAAGCUUUGCAGGCAGUCCUCAAAAACCCACCAAUCAAUACUAAGAACCAGAAUGUCAAGGACCGUGCUGAGGGGCUAGUGCUCAAGGUUCUCAGUGCCUUCAAAGCCAGUGACGUAGAGAAGGGAGUGCAGUCGCUGGACAAGAAUGGCGUGGACCUGCUGAUGAAGUACAUCUACAAGGGCUUCGAGCGGCCAUCGGAGAACAGCAGUGCCAUCCUCCUGCAGUGGCAUGAGAAGGCUCUCUCUGCAGGAGGAGUAGGCUGUAUCGUAAGGGUGCUGACUGCCAGGAAAACAGUCUAAGCGGCCGUGCCUGAUCUUCCGACCUUUCAGACGGAGAAGCGAGAGCAGCACCUGUUGGUGCAUCCAGAACAAGGAGACGACUCCCCCGCUGCUGCAGACAGCCCAAUCUUUUGAUGCUUUUUAUUUAUCCAGACUGACCCUCUCUCCCGCUUUCUCCUCAUCUCUUUAUCUUGCUCACACAAAGUGCGCACGCGCACACACACACAUAUAUUGGUGCCAUUAACUUUAUGGUAGAUUUAGCUUCUCUCAGGAAAAAUCUUAAGGCUCUUCACUUUAAGAAUCCAAGUAGCUCAUUACAAUUUUAUACAAAAAAAACUUUUCUAUGAUUUAAAGUUUCUGCCAUUAUACUUCCUAAGGAGACCUUGCCCUCAGUACAUGUGUAUUUGUUUUUUCCUGCUGGUUGACUUGACAUGUGGUCAUUAGGUUCAAAUGCCCAGCCACAGACUGGGGCAAGCAUCUUGAAUGCUAGUGUGACAUCAGCUGGGCCUGAUUAGGCCCACAGUUCUGCUGGGCUACCUCUCACUCCUACCUUGUCCUGCCCUUUAAUACCAGCUCAUCAUCAGUAUUCAUUCUUAAAAUGACCAAAGGGCAUUAGCUGCUUUCUACACAACAGGAACAUAUUUCAGCAUUUUCCACUGUGCAAUACAAAUUAAGCAUAUAGCAAAAUCUCCACGUACUGACUGACCACUGUUGUUAUUCUCCUAGGCAGAUUUAUGAAGCUUUCUUAUGAAGUCACUCUCAGUGCAGAUCUUACCUACUUGUGUCCUAGGAAGCAGCCAUUUCCCUAAUCCUGUUCUUCGCUAAUGCUCUCAUUGCUUAUUGAUUUUGUUGGUCGUAUUAACUUUCAUCUUUUACAAUAUUUGUAUUUGUCUUAAGCCAUGGUUCUACUUAGCACUAACUGCAAGUCUGUAAAGUCAUUGUUGAUUUGACCAUAACAGUUUGUCUUCUAAAUCAUGUUUUCAAUUGUUUGUAAUGAGAUAUCCCUGUUUAAAAGUAGACUAUCACUGUCUAAAAUUCAUUUAAGAACUAGUGAAUGCAAAAUUUACCUGGACAAAUGGACCUGUCUCUUUGAUGCAAAGUGCGGACAGUCUACAAACUAAACUGGUGUGAAAACUGCCUUACUAAAUAUUACUUUUUAAUGUUUGUUCUUUUGAAAUGAAAUAAAGAUUUAUACAUACAA